AUCAUUUGGUGAUGCAGAAAGGUUCCGUGCAGAACCUCGUACCAAGUCGCAUAUCCUUCGCGUGUGGCCUAUGUUGAGCCAUGGCGCAUUGAUAUGCACAUCUGUGCUCUUUUUCGCGUUAUGGAUGGGCACGCCUUCUCCUCACCUGCAUAAUGACGUUCCUAUAUACUGUGAGUGAACAGGCAUCCUCGGACAGUUAACGUAUAGCGUUGAUGAUAUGUCACAGCUCCAGCAAUUGGUGCUGUUGAGUCCAUGAUCGUAAGAUUCAAUGGAACCCUCGACUUUCCUUCCAUCUAUCGUGGCCCUCCUUCCCCAGAAAUUGAUGCCGCUUGGGCCAGGAUAGCUGAAGAUGUGCUACCAACUCGAAUGUCGCUUGAGGAAAUUCUCAAAGCCGGCGAAGUAGAUUCACCUUCCAAGGUCAAAUAUCCAGCCAAAUCUGGUGGAGGUUUCAUGGUAUCCAUGGAAGCCCCUCACCAACUCCAUUGUCUGAAUUUACUUCGCAAAGCUUCGUGGCCUGAGCAUUACGGACCCAUAGAUAUUUCGUUCCAGGACGAGCCUGAAGUAGUCCGCAUGCAUCUUGACCAUUGCAUUGAAAUGAUCAGGCAGAAUAUCAUGUGCAAUGCCGACGUGACGAUGAUAACAUGGGACUGGGUUCAGGGACACGAUAUCCCAUACCCUAACUUCAAUACCCGCCACCAAUGCAGGAACUACGAGAAAAUCUUGGAUUGGGCUGUCAAGCACGCUGUUCAUAUCGAUGAAUCCGAGGUUACUCGCUUCGAAGAUACGGUUGACAUCCCUUUACCCUUCCAUCUGACGCACCAUAAUAAUAUAUAAGGGACAUCGUGCUGUUUACUCACCACUCACAUUUACGAGUAUCUUGCAAGAACGGCAAUGAUUAAGAGCUUAGUCGAAUUAAUGUACUGUUAGUACAUCAAUAAUAUAUUUUGCCAUCUAUAUCCUA